CCGGUUUUGGCUCCAGUUUUUAAAACCAUCGCCUCAAAGAUCUCACUGUCCGGGGUGAUAGAAGCGCUGGAGCGAUGCAGUCCAUGCUGUCCUCUGCUGUCGUGCUAUGCUUCCAGGUCGUGUUACUGUUCUACAGCCCAUUACAGGUGUUAGCAGUGGAGAAUGUUAACUUUGGAGUACACGUAGAGAAUCAGACAGGGGUGCGGGACGGCCUGAGCCGGAAACACCAUCGGGUUUACCAACUAUACAGUCGGACCAGUGGAAAACACAUUCAGGUGCUUGGCAAAAAAAUCACCGCCAUGGGAGAGGAUGGGGAUAAAUAUGCCCAGCUCGUGGUGGAGGCCGACACCUUUGGGAGUCAAGUGAGAAUAAGAGGAAAAGAGACAAACUACUACUUGUGCAUGAACCGUAAGGGGAAGCUUAUGGGGAAGAAAGACAGCAGCGUAAACGGAGGCUGCAUUUUCAUUGAGAUAAUGCUUGAGAAUAACUACACCGCUUGGAUGUCAGCGCGCUAUGUGGGCUGGUACAUUGGCUUCACCAAAAGGGGCCGACCACGCAGAGGUCCGAACACGUUACCCAACCAGCGAGACGUGCAUUUCAUGAAACGCUUCCCUCCAGGAGAGCAGCCCGAUCUGCAGCCCUGCAGCUUUACCACGGUCAGCAAGAGGAGCAAAAGAGUCCAGCAGACCUCCACUGCUCCUCCACCACUCCAGUAAUACUACGAACACUGACUGUUGUGCAAAGAUCACGUCUUACAGAGGAUCUAGAGACGCUCUGUACAACGCAAGUAGGUUAGGCUUUAGGACCGACCUCUCGGUAGAAGUCACAGUUAGAGGACAGACAAGGUUGCUUAAACAUUGUGUAAUAAUGCAAAUAUAACCAAAGACUCCUGGGCAAGUGUCCAGUCACUAAACCCUGACAACAAGGGGACCAAGCACUUCAGAGGCCAAAGAAUUCCCCUCUAAUGUCUAGUGCCACUAUAAAAGAGCUCUACUUGCGUUGAGUUGUAAGGCUGGAAAACUGGCAAGUGCGUGGUAUAAUAUGCAUUAGUUGAGACUUUGCGACUUGGAUGCUUAUGACCAAAAGGGCAAUUAAAGGACCUACUUUGUGAACUCAUCAAAUUCAACUUUGGGCCUAUAAGAGCCAUGAGAUUGUAAACAAGAACCAAAGUCAUUCAGAAUGUAUUUGUCAAGAAAAUCUUAUUAGACAUCCUGGUGAACAUGUAGUUUUGGUUUUGCCUCCGAUAUUUGACAUUUCACCAGGAGUCUUGCAUAUUCUUCCAAUGAAAAAGUGUAAUUUAAAGGGAGUGAUAUACACUACCGUUCAUAUGUUUGGGGUUGGUAAGAUUUUAAAAUGUUUUUUGAA